GAGUUUUACUUUUGGUCUCUACAUAUUGUCCGAUGCCAGCUCAGUCGUUUCCCAAACAAGAUCAGCUGCUGGAUGUUAACCACCCAGCCACUGCGCUGUUAUUCCAGCAUUACAUACUAAUUGAGGCUGUACCACUAUGUCUCGCACGUUAUUGCUCUGUGUUUUACUCGGCAUCUUUGCUGCGUCCCAGGCUUUAGUGGGCAAGACCUGUACCAAAGAUUCAGAUUGUCAUGCUGGUGAGUGCUGCCAAAUACUGAGUGAGUUUAUGGUGGUGAGUAGAAGACAAGAUGCGGCCAACAGUUUCUUCCAGAACCCAACGAAUGGUACAUGCCAAACUUACAAACUGGAAGGAGCCCCCUGCACCGAUUUUGAAAAGAUCAACGGAUUCUGCGGUUGUGAGCCCGGCACCACGUGCAACACCUACGAGGUACCCAUUCCCAAAUCCUUGCUGCAGGUCAGGAAGCCAGCGCCAGCAAGACCUGGUUUUCAGUGGGAGUCCACAUGUGGUGCAGCAUAAGAUCAACUUCCAACUCAAACCGAAUAGAUGUGUGCAUCGAUUGAAUAGAUACAUGUUUACAUUUUGAAUUAAACAAACCCUAGCUGCA